CCCAGCCGAGAUCGAUGGCUAUUUGGCGGAUGCGGGAUACAAGGUCCGUGCCUCCGACCUACGACACGUCGCUCAGCGACUUAAGCACCUCGAAACCGUCAUGGUCAACUCUCCCAGCGACCUAUCCCAGCUCGCCUCCGACGACGACGUUUCGAAGCUCAAGUACCCGGGUCACUAGCACAUGGGUGAGCGGUACCUGUUCCGGGACCUACUCAAACCCGAAUCGGAACGGGUUGGUUCGCCCGUUGAGAGGGUAUUGGAUCCGGAAGAGGCAGACUUGUUCUACGUGCCGUUCUUCUCGUCAUUGAGCCUGAUUGUUAACCCGGCGCGACCGGCUUCCCGGUCGGAGAAGCCGUUGUACAGCGACGAGGAGAAUCAGGUGGCCUUGAUUGAGUGGCUGGAAUCGCAGGAGUACUGGAAGAGGAACAAUGGCCGAGACCAUGUGAUCAUGGCUUCGGACCCCAAUGCUCUGUACAAGGUGAUUGACAAAGUAAAAAAAAAAAAUUGUGUACUGCUUGUUUGCGAUUUUGGGCGGUUGAAGGAGGACCAAGGAUCGCUUGUGAAUGACGUGAUCGUGCAUUACCCUCACCGCAUCAACACUUACACGGGCGACAAAUGGGAACUCACUGCUACCUGUGCUCAGUGGCUGUGCUCCUUGCCUGUGCUCAAUGGUGAUGGUGGAGCUCUUUCCUCUGUCUUCUCACGCCUUGCACUACCUCGAGUUCGUUAUUCUGGCCACCAUGAUCAAAAUCAACGAAGAGCUUUAUUGACCGCUGUCAAACGACUAGCCAGUCUUCAAACUCGACGCCUUACACUCUGCCUCAAGCUCUGGCUGUUUCUGCACCUCCGUCAUGGCUGCUGCCUUUGAAUGUGAUCAACAAAAUCAAAGUUUGUCAACUCACACCCAAAGAUCUCAUCCGUCUGCUUGCCUCUGCUGCUGCCUUUGAAUGUGAUUGACAAAAUCAA